CCAUAAUCACCGCUACAACUGUGCCUCUCGUCGGUCUCAAUGCCUUGCUAACCUACCCAGCUACCUACCUACCAAGCUUGUCACCCAUGCCUACCUUUCAAGCGCGAGGUAGUCUGCAUCAGGGGAGGGAAGGGGAGAUUGGUCUCCUGCGCCUCCACCACCACGGUUUACACCCGCGAUGUGUCGACUCUAGGCGAUAUUUCGACGCCCGAUGUAGUUAGUCGCUACAUCGUCAGAUGUUCUCUGGGGGAGAGGCAAUGGUUCCGUUAUGAAUGGGAGCCCUUCUCCCGCCGUUUGCCUGGAAUCCUUUUCUCUUUCCUUGCUUCUUCUUUACCCCCAUCUCUGCAACUGUCAAGAAGCCAGAGACGACGGCGUGCGUUCUCAGUCGUGCAGACAUCUUUGUCUGCGUCCUUUCGUUGAUCCCAGAUCACCAUCACACUCUUUCCACGGCCUCGGCCACCUUACAAUCAUUGCAGAAUACAUACACACGGAUACUCCCUAAUUCCCUAAUCACCAUCAACCGUAAAAAUGCUCUUCAAGAAGUCUUUCCUUGCCGCCGCGGCCAUCAGCCCGGCCCUGGCACAUUCCUCAUCGCAACCCCAGAGCAAGGCUCCUUCGUCCUUUGGGGGACUCAGCCUUUACUGGGGACAGUACGGGGAUCCUUCCGACCGGCUGUCCAGCUACUGUGAUGCCCCCGGCGUCACCUCCGUUGCCGUGUCUUUCGUUACAUACUCUCCCAAGAACAGCGGUGGAUAUCCCGGCACCAACUUCGCCGGCCACUGCGGCGGCGAGGUCUUUUACAAAAACCCGAAGACUGGAGAGGACACCAAGUUGAUCAUGAACUGCGACUACAUCAAGCAGGACAUCAAGCACUGCCAGUCCAAGGGCAUCAAGGUCCUUCUAGCUAUCGGCGGCUACUGUCCGACUGAUGGCCCCUGCAGCUACGACAUCUCCAGCGAAGAUGAGGGUCACCAGUUCGCCGAGCUUCUGCACAAGACUUUCGGUCCUUACGACCCGACCUGGUCCGGCCCCCGUCCCUUCGAUAUCAGUGCCACCGAACACGUCUCUGUCGACGGUUUCGAUUUCGACCUCGAAUUCAAGUACCCCAACCAGAAGCCCUGGAUCAGGAUGGUUGAGAAGCUCCGCAGCGUCGGCAUCUACUACAUCUCUGCCGCCCCCCAGUGCCCGACUUCGGACACAUACUUCCAGCUCAAAGAGCUCAUCUACAACGCCCAGUUCGACUCCCUCUUCAUCCAGUUCUACAACAACCCCGGCUGCCAGGCCUCCGAUACCCCCAACUACGACGAUUGGGAGAACGUUAUCUCACAAACCUCCAAGAGCAAGGACGCCAAGCUCUACAUCGGCGUCCUCGCCAGCCCCGGCGCGGGGUGGAACGGCUAUGUCCCUCCCUCCAGGGUCAAGGAGCUGAUCUGCAAGUUCAAGAGCAGGCCGCACUUUGGAGGCGUUAACAUCUGGGACGCGACCCGUGGCGCCAUGAACCAGAUCGACGGCCAGGCCUUCCACGAGGCCGUCGCCGAUGCUCUCAAGUACGGCUGCGACCCCAUUCCUCCCAAGACGUCAACCACCAGCGUCUCGACCUCGACUCCAACCUCGUCCUUGGUCUCUUCGACCGCCAUCUCGUCUACCGCCGUCUCCACAACUUCUUCGGCCAGCUCCACCGUUAGCUCCGAGUCUGUCAGCUCCAGCCACUCGGCGUCUGCUUCGGCGUCUGCUUCGGCUUCGUCGUCUGUCUCUGCCUCCGUUUCUGCCUCCGUCUCAGCUUCCGCUUCCGCCUCCCAAACCGGUACUGAAUCCGUGUCUACUUCCACUUCUCCCAGCGCCUCUGCUUCUGCUUCUGCCAGCGCCUCCGUCACCGAGUCGGCUACUCACACCAGUACCAUCACUUCACUUAGCAGCAGCGCCAGCGUUUCCGCCAGCGCCUCUGCUUCUGCCAGCGCCUCCGUCACCGACUCGGUUACUCACUCUAGUAUCAUUACUUCACUGAGCAGCAGCGCCAGCAUUUCCGCCAGCUCUUCUGCAACCAAGUCCGCUACCACCUCCGACACAUGCGAUGAGGAUGACGAGGACUUCCCGACCACGACAUUGAGCAACUCUCACUCUGCUACUCCCACCGUCACUGGUACCGUUACCGGCCCCACGAGCUCUGCUGAUGUCACCAAGACGGCUUCUGACUCUGCCACCGGAUCUGCCACCGGAUCUGCCACCGGAUCUGCCACCGGCUCUGUCUCGGACAAGCCCACCGGAACUGCUUCCGUCACCGAGUCUGCCAAGAACACCCUCACUUCCUCCGAGGAGCUGGUGACCAGCACCGUCUACACCACGAAGAUUACCACCGUCACAUCCUGCAAGCCCGAGGUGCCUUGCACAACAGGUCAGGUCGUCACGGAGACCGUCCCAUGGUACACCACUGUCUGCCCCGCUACGUCUACGUCGUCUGUUGUUGCCGUGACCACGACGACUGCUCCCCCUCCCCCUCCCCAGUGGGUCACGAGCACCGUCUACGCGACCAACACCUACACCAUCACCUCAUGCGCUCCCGAUAUCCCAUACUGUCCCGUUGGCCAGGUCACCACCGAGGUUGUCCCUGCCUACACCACGGUCUGCCCGUACACCAGCACAACGCCCGCCGGCGACAGCAGCAGCAAGCCUUCGGGUGACGCACAAGUCCCUUCCAAGCCGUCUGACAAUGUGCCUCACCCCCCCAAGUCUACCGGCGAGGCCCCUAAGCCUCCUGUUAGCCAAGGAGGUGACAAGCCCUCGGGCGACGUUUCCAAACCGACCGGCAGCCAGGGCGGCAACCAGCCUUCGGGCGACGCUCCCAAGCCGACCACGACCCCGGCCGGACCUGGCGGAGAGAAGUGCCCCGGUGGAAAGCACUGCCCGGGCGGCGAUGAGGACAAGACAACAUUCAUCUACACAACGCUGACGGUCCCUGUCACGGUCGUCAAGCACAACUCCACAAUCUUGGGUACGGGCUCCAGCUACAAACCCACCCCGACGGGCGGGUUCCCCAGCUAUACUACGGCUGCUCCCGUGCCCAGCAAGCCGGUCCAGGCCGGAGCCGCCAAGAUUGGUGGUUUGGGCGUUGCGGGCUUCGCCGCUCUCGCCGCUGCUCUUCUUUUGUAAUGCGGAUGAACGAUGAUAUGUGCGUCGGAGGGGUAGGCUCAGCAUUUGCUUGGUUCGAUUCAUGAGAUGUAUAAACACGAUUACUUUUCCGUACAUGUGCUGCGCUUCAGUCACGUGAGAAUGAGGGACGCGGUUCCUAGGAUGUAAAUGCUUCAAUGAUGUAUUGCCCACUACAUAACUGGGCGCCCUAAUCAAGAAGAGUUCGGUUGAGAAAGGACCAUGAUGCAUCGUCUUUCGCCGUGGGUUGAGGGUUUUGUUGCAUAGGACACCCGCAUGGAUAGGUGGUCGUGAAUCCGAGGUCUUCCGGAAACAUGGGCGAGUUUUGUGACAGGCGCAUUGAGAUCGAUUAUGCGGUAGUAGAUACCAAGAUAAGCUUCCCCGCUCUCC